AUGCUACACACCCAACAAGUAAAAGUACUGAUCGUCAUGGGAGUAGCUGGAAGUGGCAAGACCACACUAGCAAGAGCACUAGUUGAUGGAUCCAUACUGGGUUUAGCAGAGUUUCUCGAUGCAGACAGCUUUCAUUCCCAAUCCAAUAUUGACAAAAUGAGUCAAGGACUUCCACUUACAGAUCAAGACAGAUUGCCAUGGCUUAAAUCUAUAUCCACCAAGAUGAUCAGCAUAUCUACUAUAUCAACGAACGUACAAUGGAUUAUUUUGGCAUGUUCGUGUUUGAAACGGUUGUAUAGAGACACUCUUUGUCAUGCAGUUCAUCCCAUUAAAAGUUGCAUAGUGUAUUUGGAGUGUCGACAGGAUAUUAUUGUUCAAAGAAUUCAAGCUCGACAAGGCCAUUUUGCGGGACUGAAUCUUGUUCAAAGUCAAUUUGAUGCACUCGAGGCUCCGUCACCAACAUCUGAGCCUGGAACAAUCGUGCUGGAUGGAUCAAAACCUGUAGAUGUGUUGUGCCAGGAUCUAAAACGACUUUUUGCUGGUACACAAAUAUGA